CUAUAAGUUAUUCAACAAAUAUCUACCAAGCUCAAAUUAAAAGUAAAGUUUUCAAAUAUCUAUUUAUUUUUUCUGGAAAAAAUUCCUUCAGAUCAAUAAUCAAAAUGUCAAGUGCUCAACAAGCCGGUGAGUCCCACGGUCAAGCUCAGGCCAAGACAGAGCAAAUGGCAGAUUCAGCCAAGAGUACAGCACAUUCAAUGGUUGACAAGGCUGAAAAUGCUACCCAAAGUGCUCAUGAAUCAGCUCAACAAAACAAAGACCAGAAUCCUGGAUUCCUUCAGCAGACUGGAGAACAAAUGAUUCACAUGGCUCAAGGUGCAGUUGAUGGAGUGAAGAACACUCUUGGAAUUGGAUCAGACAAAAAGUGAAAAGAGAGAGAGAACUGAAACACCAUUAUAUUCUCAUUUCAUCUUUGCUUUCAUUUUUUGCAUCUCUUUUAAGUGUUUCCCUAUGCUUUUAUUAAGCAUAAGUGAAAACCUUAGUAAUUUGUGAUUUAUUUUUGGUUAGGGUUUCGAAUUCCACGCACCUCAUUGGUGUUAGUGAACUUGUUUUAUUGAUUGAGAUUUCUCAUCAUCACUAUGGAAUAAGAAAGUUUCUUUGGUUUAGCAAAUUCA